CUUCACCUCCCCUCCCCCUCCCCUCCGUAACUUGGCUGGUUUUUAUCAGGCGAGCCUCGCUGUGGAGAGUUUAUCGGCGCUGGCGCUGCAGCGUGGGAAGUGCGGGGCGCGAAAGGACAGGAGGCAGUGCCAGCAAGGGGGGUGCCCCGCCGGCUGGUCCGGCCGGCCGGCCAGUUGGUCGGUCGGUGGCGUCGGCGGACGAUGCUCCGGCUGGUGUCGCUGAAGUUGGGGCGGCUAUACCGCUACGUGAAGCUGGCGGUACUGGGUAUCCUGGCGGCGGCGCUGGCCCUCAAUUCGCCUUCGUUGCUGGCCUCUCUGCAACGCAACGAGCUGGCCGAGCGGCGCUUCUUGCAGCUGAACAAGUGCCCGGCCUGCUGGGGCACCAGCUGGUGCCGCAAGUUCUUGAACGGACAGCUGCGGCUGGAGAGCUGGGGCCGCCUGCGCCUCCUCGACUUCCUCAACGUCAAGAACGUGUACUUCGCUCGGUAUGGGGAGCCCCGCGAAGGCAGCCGCCGGGUCGUGCUCAAGCGCUUGGGUUCCGCGCGGGAGCUUGCCGACAUCGACGCUAAGAUCUGCCGGCGCGCCACCGGCAGGGGACGCUGCGACUUGCUCCAGGCCCUGCACGCCACCGAGUUCGCCAGCAUCAACGGCGACGUCCGACUUCUAACUCCCGACGUCGUGGAAGGUUGGUCGGACCUGGUGCAUUGUCCCUCGCAGCGCCUCCUCGACCGCGUCGUCCGUCGCUACGCCGAGACCAAGGACUCGGGCAGUUUUCUGCUCCGCAACCUGAAGGAGUCGGAGCGCAUGCAGCUGCUCAUUACGCUCGCCUUCAAUCCGGAGCCUCUCGUGCUUCAGAGUUUUCCCUCUGAUGAAGGAUGGCCAUUUGCAAAAUAUCUUGGAGCAUGUGGAAGAAUGGUAGCUGUAAACUAUGUGGGAGAAGAACUAUGGAGUUACUACAGUGCCCCUUGGGAAAAACGAGUGGACCUGGCAUGGCAAUUAAUGGAAAUAGCAGAACAACUGACAAACAAUGGCUUUGAAUUUGCACUCUACCUCCUUGAUGUGAGCUUUGACAACUUUGCAGUAGGUCCUAAAGAUGGAAAAGUCAUAAUUGUGGAUGCUGAAAAUGUUUUGGUGGCAGAUAAAAAGUUAAUCAAACAAAAUAAACCUGAAAACUGGGAUGUAUGGUAUGAAAGCAAAUUUGAUGACUGUGAUAAGGAAGCUUGUCUUUCUUUCUCAAAGGAGAUUUUGUGCACUCGGGUCACUGUGGAUCAUAAUUACUAUGCUAUUUGUCAGAACCUUUUAUCAAGACAUGCCACCUGGCAUGGCACUUCUGGAGGACUUCUUCAUGAUCCUCCAACUGAUAUUGCCAAAGAUGGUCAACUUGAGGCCUUGCUGGAUGAAUGUGCCAAUCCAAAGAAGCGAUAUGGUAGAUUCCAGGCUGCAAAAGAAUUACGUGAAUAUCUUGGACGAUUAAGUAAUAAUGUGAGGUAGUUCAUAGUGGGUGGACAAGGAGACAUGGACUAGUGAGUUCUGAACCUGAAACAAGAGCAACCAGAAUGAGAAAAUAAAUUGCAUAACACUGUUGCUACAGGAAGGUUGACAAAAGUUACAUAUCCUACUACAACUUGAACUACUUUUAACUGAAAGAGGAAGACUGAAAAUAUAAUUGAAUUCACUUUCUCAAUCAGAUUUCAUUGUUUUGUAAUAAUGCUACACUCCUUGGAAAGUCAAGUUAUAUGGGCCUGUUUUAAAGGCUUUUAUUUCUGAUGUCAUUAUCCUGCUCUUAUACAACUUACAAAAGAGGCAUUUGCGUAGAUGCUGAUAAUCCAAGGUGUCCUUGAUCGUUUUUGUAACUGCUAGAUUUUCAUUUAAUGUUGUGUGCUUUUUGAAUACAGGAUUCCUCUUAUUCUGUUGUUGAAUUCCUUUUGUUUCAUAUGUUUGUAUGCCUUAUUAAAGAUAUGCUUGUAAAAGCUGUCUUAAAUGUUGUGUGAACCUAACCUAGUUAUGUUGGAAUUGUUUAUAUUUCUACUACAGAUAAUACUUCACAUCUUGGUUAAAUAGAAAACUUCAUUUCAGUGUAUAAAAGUAUAUGUUCAUCAGGGAAUUGAAAUAUACAAACUAUUUCAAUGAAGACAAACAGUUUGAACCUGUCAUGCUUACAUUGAUCCAGCAGAAAUAGUGGCUGUAAGACAGCCAUGACUAUGAAAGAAUGACUCAUUUCCAUGGAUCAACUUUAAACAUGACUAAAACUAAACAUUUUGUGUGUUGAAGAAGCACUAGAUAAAUGAAAAUUAAAAAAAACAUUUUGCUACCAUAGUAAUCAUAAACCAAAGAAAAUAAUUAUGUGUAGUCUCUGCUUAAAAUAAUGUACUGUAGUGGCACUAGCCUACUGACGAACAUUUUAGUCCGUUAUUAUCAUUCUACUACUAGUUAAAAACUUAGGAACAACAUACAAAUGGGAAAAUGCCCAGCAGGUUAGCAUUUAUUUUGUAUUAGUCACAGUUCUACUAAUUUUGGGAACUAAUGUUUACAGGACUUAAAUUUUGAGGUUUACUAUCUAAUAGCUCCCUUCAUUUAUAUGGUAGAGGGCUUCAAUGCAUAUUGUUUAGUUGCAGUUAUUAUUUUUUCUCAGAUGAUUACUGUUUGCCUGAAAUUGUUCCCGCAGAUCAGGAGUUGAAGAAAUUGGAUCACUUCUAAAAUAAACUUUUAAAAGGUAUGAUUUUCUUUAUUUACAGCAACUAUUGUAAAUGUUUUCUUCACUGGAGUGAUGAAGUUCUGAUCCUGAAAAAAAUUCCUAAUUAUAGCAACAAUUAAUUGACUACAAUUAUUUUAAGGUGGAGUAAGAAUAAAUUGUAUACUAAAGCUGAUAAGUGCAUUACUGAAAAAUGUAUUUGGACAAGUGGGAUAUAGCAGUAGGAAUGAGCUGAAAACUCCCCAAGUUUUCCAAGCUCUGAAAACAUGCAGAAUAUGUUAAAGGUAUAUAAAAUAAAUGGCAAGGCCUAUUAUUAUUCUCUUUGGCUUCCUUAGUCAUAUACUAUUGCUUCUUUGCAAAUUGUGUCUCUACCGUGUUACUUUCAUUUAGUUGUUGAGCUCUAUCCUGGGAAAAUUUCUUACUGUGGUAGUUUCUUUUAUCUCUAACAUGGCUGAAUCAGAGCACAUUAGACAUGUUAGUAUCCUACAUACAUAAUUUAUAGAAUUUGCUGGAUAAUAUCCUGUUUAUUUAAAAAAUGGUAGUUUUGCCUAAUUUUCUCUGGAUUCUGUUACAAUUUCUUCUCAUAGUAUUUAUGUUGCUAUAGUUCACACUUGAGCAAAACGGAAAUGUGAGAUUAAACUCUAGCCUGUUACAAAAAGUCUUGCUUUAUUGCAAUUUUAAUUUAAUACCCACACUUCUGGAUGGAUAAGAACCAUUGUUGCUGUAGGCUUUAAACAACAACACUAUCAGCUACUGAAUUGGUUCAACUGCCAAUGUUUCCUGGGAGUUUAAGGUUGAAAUUCAUCUUAAAAUACUGUGCUGAUAAGCAGGAUUCUGAUGAUAAAAGGAAUCCAUAAUUUUCAGUCUACAGGGAAAACACCUAUGUGGAAAGCAAUAAGUUUUAUUCAAUUUGCACCUAUCAAGUAUUUAUUGUACAGGGACAAUUUAUAUUUUUAAUCAUUGCCCAUGAAUAAUGGUGAAAUAUUUUUGAAUGAGAUGUUUGGGGUUUAUAUGUGCAUAAAAAUGUCUUUUGUACUGUAACUGUUUAAUUUGGUUAUCAAAACUGUUUCCUGUGCCUUUAUAUUAAGGUUGUUUCUACAAUUUCUCUUGAAUAAUAAACAAUACUUAAUUUUUUUUCUUGGUUUUGCUUAAAUGUAAUGCACUAGUAGUUCAUUUUAAUACUGUAGAGGGUUUUUACUCCACCAAGAAUGGCAACAAAUAUAAGUGCUUUUGAAAAAAAAGAAUUCAUUUGUGGAGAGAAGUAUCAGGACUAAAAUCCCCAAAUUUGGGCAAAAUAUUUCUUUUAAAAGUAGUUAAAGACAUUACUAAGAUACUUUUAUAUGCUUUGUAUAGUAGUAAAUGCUAAUAAGAAAUAGGAUAGAUUUUUACCUUAAUAUUGCCAAGAAACAUUUAGGAUUUAUGGAUUGAAUUUUGACCUUAUUUACACUCAUAAAGAAAUUAGGAUUAGAAUUUUCCCCUUACAGCUGUUGCUUUUAUAUAACACUGUGAAUGAGUGAAACAUGGAAUGUAUAUGCUGUUGUCUUCUUUUUGGGAGCUAACCAGAGGAAGGUAUACUUCAUAGAUUUGGAAAGUUUUGGGAUAUGAACUUAACUGUGUAGAAAACAAAUUGGCUCAACAAACUAGCCAUACAGUUGAUGGUUGUAAAGCCACUUGCAUGUUAAACUAUCAGUUCUGGAAUAUGCAUAACAAAAAGUGAGGAUUAUUAGAAAGUGAAAGUAACUGUUGAAAUGGAUUUCCUCACACAGAGAGAUGAUAGAGCAAAAGCCAAUAAUUUAUUUCAGUUUCUGCAUCUUGUGCAAAAAAGCAAUUGCUGCUAAACUAAAUACAUUGUAGCUAAAUAUGUUACUUCCAGAAAAAAAGUUAACUAGUAUUUUAGCUGUGCUGUGUUUCAGAUCUAUAGUAAUUUUCUAUUAUUUCAGGUGUAUACAUUUAAUUGUGAUUUUGGAGUUUCUGAUAUUAUUUCAGAUCUGUUUGUACAAAGAUAACUUUUGUGAAACUACCAUGGUAUUCUCAAAAAGUAGAUCAAUUUCAUGUUUUUAAAACUAUUUUUGGUAUAUUAAAUCUCAUUAAAAACAAAAAUCUUGGCUUCUCUAAA